UGUGGGACGCUGGAGGACUCGGAGGAGCAGCAGCAGCAGCAGUAAGAGCAGGAGGAGGAGGAGGAGGUGGAGGAGGAACGCAGGCUGUGCACAGAUGGAGCGCUUUAUUUUGCAGGCCCGAGUCAGAGUCAGAGGCGAGGCGGAGCAGCUCCGGGACGCUGUCAGUGCGCUGAAGGCGCAGGUUUAGCGGUUAAAGGCUGCGGAUCGGAAGCAUGGGCUCUCAGACGCUGCAGAUCCUCAGGCAGGGGGUCUGGGCUUCCGUCACGGGCGGAUGGUACUACGACCCCCAUCAGAACACCUUCGUCAACGCGUUACACCUCUACAUCUGGCUCUUCCUAUUGUGUUUCCCUUUCACUCUCUACAUGGCCCUCCCCCCCACCAUGCUGAUAGUGGGCGUGUACUGCGGCGUGAUCGGCGGCGUGUUUGUGCUGUUGAAGGCGGUGAACUAUCGGCUCCACACGGCGCUGGACGAAGGGGAAGUGAUCAACGCAGAACAGCAGCGAGACGCCACACACACACACCCAGACGAGUCCAGCGGCUCCGGGGAUCCUGGAGGAGGAAUCGAGUUGGCUGAUUUUGUCCGAGAGGAAACUCCACCAGUCGCCUGCAGCUCGCGCAACUCCUACACUGGCAUGGACUCCAACCUCCAGAUCACUUCCUCUCGUGGAGGUCCAGCCGCAGUAAAAGCAGCUGAUGUUGGAAAGACCUCAGAUGACCUCAGUCUGAGUUUAGCUCCGAGCUGCAGCCAGGAACAAGAUCUGACAUCAGAGCCUAAGAUCUACGGCCUCAUCUCCAACGACUCCUUUGCCUCCAUGCAGCCUUCCACCUCGUUGGCUCAGGACCUCUACAGCUCCACCCCUCACCCUUUCAGCCAAUCACUGUCCUCCUGCGACACAGAAAUCCCCGCCCACUCCCAGUCUUUCAGGAAAGACUCGUCUCGUCCCCGUGGCCUCCCUCGCACUUCGAGCUCGGCCUUUCCCGAUCCUUCCAUCCCAGACUUUGGCCUCUACCCCCCUUCCCGGCGUAGUGGACUCGACCCGGUGUGUGAACUGGACACGCCCCGGCCACAGGGGGCGCCACAGAGCGCGGACACGGCCGUCCCCUCCACGUCAGGACUGGACUGCUGUAAGCACCAUAAAAGGGAACGGCGCAAACUGGCCCGGUCCAUUUCCAGAGAAACGGGGGACGAAUGUCAGGGUGAAUCUGGACUGUACCAAGUGGAGGGUUUUCGUGGGGGGAUUUCAGGUGGAAGCAGGAGGAAAAGACGAGGGGAAAAAAGCGUGGAAAGUUUGCGAAGCCUGAGCACACGCAGUAGCGGCUCGACAGAGAGUUACUGCAGUGGGACGGACCGUGACACACACAGCACGCUGAGUAGUCUGCAUAGUGAACAGACUAGCUCCACCCACGUCGAGAGUCUCAUAUCACUCUCGUUGGACGAGGGCGGGACAACGGAACCUAGCAUAACCUCAGGAGAGGGCAAUAAAAACCCUCAUGCUAAUGAAAUUAGCCCAAAAGCAGUUAAUGCUAAUGAACCCACAACUCCAAAAAACACAUCACAAACCACCAGCCACGAAGGGGAGGAGCUUAGAAAGGAAGAGAGUGGGGUAAGGACGAGCCCAGAAGCCUCUGCAGACUCCACCCACCUCUGUAAGGAGGCGGAGCAUGAUGACGCUAAGCCCAAAUCAGCCAGUCACUCCGAUGCCAGCCAUAGCGGGCGCCGACGCAGCGCUAAGAAACGCGCUAGCAGUUUCGAUGCUGCCCGUUACCAUGACUACACCUGCUUCCGCGGCAUAGCGAAACCUCGCUCGGCCGUUUUUGCUAAAAACGACGAGGACUCGAGCGACUUGAGCGAGCUCAGCCACGCCUCCAGUCUCAACUCCGCCCAUCGGGUGGAGCUAAGCCACGCCCCCGGUACGUCCCAGAAGAAGGAGAAAGAGAAGGAGAGAGAGAGGGGGAAGAAGCGAGCGUCUCGGCGUACAGCCAGCACAGGAAGUGCCAAAGUUCAGCUGCGUAAAUGCGCCAACGAGCCGCAGCACCUGGGGGCGCCGGCCGACCCUCGACCCCUCAGCACCUCCAAAUCCGACCUGGAGGCCAAAGAAGGAGAAGUGCUGGAUGCAGCGUCGCUGCUGGGACGAGCCAGUCAGCUGGAGUCUGUCACCCGCUCCAGGAACAGUUUACCCUGUCCAAUCAGCAUCACCGACACGCACGACCCGGCCAGGGCGGCGGUUAACGAGGACGGCGUGACGUUCAGGAGAGAACGCAGCACGUUUCGCCGUCAGGCUGUACGGAGACGCCACAACGCCGGGAGCAACACCGCCUCCAUCAUCGCAUCACCGCUCAGUCUUCAGGAAGCGCUCAGUCAGGUGUCUCAGGCUUCUUCUGGGUCACAGGUCAAAGGUCAGAUGAGCACUAGCGCCUCCCUGCUGGUCAGGAAUGGGAGUGCACAGCUGGAGGGUUUUCAGGAUAAAGCGUCCACCGUCGGCCUGCAUGAAGACUUCGGUAAGCUGACUCCCUCUCUGUACGAGGUUGGAGGAUGCGAUGUGUCUCUCGUUAACUUUGAACCUGCGACAAGACGAGCAUCCAACAACGUGUGGGACACGGAUUCUCACCUCUCCAGUUCUACCUCAGUUCGCUUCUACCCUCAUGACCUGAUCCGUCUGAACCGUCUGCUGUCGAUGGACACUGAGCUGUUGGAGCAGGACGGUGAUGUGAGUCCUGACCUGCAGGAGGCGCCGCACAGCUCACACGAGCCGACGCACAAACACACUCACACACACUCGCACACACACACCAACACACACAAGGCCAAGCAGUACUACCGCUUCUCCCUGCUGCCGUACCUGUGGGUGGGGCUGCGCUUCGACAGACUCACGCUGCUCGCGCUGUUCGACAGGAACCGUGAGGUUCUAGAGAACGUUCUGGCCGUGGUUCUGGCGGUGCUGGUGGCGUUCCUGGGCUCGGUUCUGCUCAUUCACGGCUUCUUCACCGACAUCUGGGUCUUCCAGUUCUGCCUCGUCAUCGCCAGCUGCCAGUACUCACUGUUAAAGAGUGUUCAGCCAGACUCGUCCUCUCCUCGACACGGUCAUAACCGGAUCAUAGCGUACAGCAGGCCGGUGUAUUUCUGUGUGUGUUGUGUUCUGAUCUGCGUGUUCCACUACAGCAGUGUGAGCUCCAGUUCGAACACACACACGCUGUACGGAGUCACACUCAGCUCAUCACUGCUGCUCGGCGCCACACGCGACCUCGUCAUCGUCUUCAUCCUGUGUUUUCCUGUCAUCUUCUUCGCCGGACUCCUCCCUCAAGUCAACACGUUCCUCAUGUACCUGUUUGAGCAGAUCGACAUCCACGUGUUUGGAGGAAACGCGUGUACCAGUCUUCCCUCGUCCAUAUACAGUGUGGUGAGGAGUGUGGUUACCGUGGCGAUGCUGUACGGAUUCUGCUACGGAUCCCUGCAGGAGCCGUGGGACCCUCAGCACAUCCCGGUGCUGUUCUCUGUGUUCUGCGGUCUGCUCGUCGCCGUGUCCUAUCACCUCAGCCGCCAGAGCAGCGACCCCACCGUCCUCAUCUCUCUGGUCCAGGCGAAAGUUUUCCCGAGCGUGGCGAAGGAUCAAAACCCGGAAGAUCCUCUUUCUGAGGUGCAGGACCCUCUACCAGAGAAACUCAGGAACUCUGUGAAUGAAAGGCUGCAGUCUGAUGUGAUCAUGUGUGUGCUCAUCGCUGUGCUCUACUUCGCCAUUCACGUCAGUACCGUCUUCCUCGCCCUGCAGCCGUUCCUGAGUUAUGUGCUGUACGGGCUGGUGGGUGCUGUCGGGUUCUUCACGCACUAUCUCCUGCCCCAGAUGAGGAAACAGCUGCCCUGGUACUGCUUUUCCCAUCCGCUGCUCAAAACCAGAGAGUAUUACCAGUUUGAGGUGCACGGUGCAGCUCAUGUGAUGUGGUUCGAGUGGCUCCACCUGUGGCUGCUGUUUGUGGAGAAGAACGUUCUUUAUCCUCUCGUCAUUCUGAAUGAACUCAGCAGAAGCGCACAGGAACUCGCCAGCUCCAAGAAACUCACCACAGAGGUGGGAGCGGUGGUGUUGAGUGUAUCAGGGUUGAAGUUGUUGCGUUCGUGCUUCAGCAGUCCGGCCUCUCAGUACGUCACCGUGCUCUUCACAGUCCUCUUCUUCACCUUCGACUAUCAGCACCUGUCAGAAACGCCGCUGCUCAACCUCUUCAUCAUGUCCAUCAUCUUCAGCAAGCUGUGGGAGCUGCUGAAUAAGCUACGCUUUGUUUACACCUACAUCGCUCCGUGGCAGAUCACCUGGGGUUCAGCCUUCCACGCCUUCGCUCAGCCCUUCGCUGUACCACAUUCGGCCAUGUUGUUUGUGCAGGCGAUGGUGUCGGCCAUUUUCUCCACUCCUCUCAACCCGUUUCUGGGCAGUGCCAUUUUUAUCACGUCCUACGUCCGACCUGUUAAAUUCUGGGAGAGAGAUUACAACACAAAGCGGGUGGAUCACUCCAACACCAGACUGGCAUCUCAACUGGACAGGAAUCCAGGUUCGGAUGAUAACAACCUGAACUCGAUCUUCUAUGAGCACCUGACUCGUUCUCUGCAGCACUCUCUGUGUGGGGAUCUGCUGCUGGGCCGCUGGGGAACCUUCAGCACCGGAGACUGUUUCAUCAUGGCCUCUGAUUACCUCAACGCCCUCGUCCACCUCGUCGAGAUCGGCAAUGGCCUCGUCACCUUCCAGCUCCGCGGCCUCGAGUUCAGAGGAACGUACUGCCAGCAGAGGGAGGUGGAGGCCAUUACGGAGGGCGUGGAGGAGGACGAGGGCUGCUGCUGCUGCGAUGUGGGUCACCUGCCCCACCUGCUGUCCUUUAACGCUGCGUUCGUGCAGCGCUGGCUCGCCUGGGAGGUCCUGCUCUCCAAAUACACCUUACAGAGCUACAGCAUCACGGAGAACAGCGCCGGAGCCAUGCUGCAGGUCUACGAGCUCCGCCAGAUCCUCACCACCUACUACGUCAAGGGAAUAAUUUAUUACGUGGUUGCGUCUCCGAAGCUGGAGGAGUGGCUCUCCAAUGACGCCAUGAUGGAAGGGCUGAAGAACUGCAGCGAGAGGAACUACGUUGACCUUGACCCGACCUUUAACCCCAACAUCGACGAGGACUACGACCACCGACUGGCCGGAAUCUCCAGAGACAGUUUCUGUUCUGUUUACCUCAGCUGGAUCCAGUACUGCAACUCUCAGAGACAGAAGCCGUUGGAGUGUGAGAAAGACUCAGCGUUGGUGUCUUUGUGUUUUGGUCUGUGUGUGUUGGGGAGGAGAGCGCUCGGCACUGCAGCUCAUCACAUGUCCAGUAAUCUGGAAUCAUUUCUCUACGGCCUCCACGCCCUGUUUAAAGGAGAUUUCCGGAUCUCGUCUGUGCGGGAUGAGUGGAUUUUUGCAGAUAUGGAGCUGCUCAGGAGAGUCGUCGUCCCGGGAAUACGCGUGUCCCUCAAACUGCACCAGGAUCACUUCACGUCUCCGGAUGAGUAUGACGACCCGUCGGUGCUGUACGAGGCGAUCUCGUCUCACGAGCGGACGCUGGUGAUAGCGCACGAGGGCGACCCGGCGUGGCGCAGCGCCGUGCUGUCCAACGCUCCAUCACUCCUGUCGCUACGCCACGUCCUCAACGAGGGAACCAACGAGUACAAGAUCAUCACGCUGAACCGCAGAUACCUCAGCUUCAGAGUCAUCAAGGUGAAUCAGGAGUGUGUUCGUGGCCUGUGGGCGGGGCAGCAGCAGGAGCUGGUGUUCUUGCGGAACAGGAACCCGGAGCGCGGAAGCAUCCAGAACGCCAAGCAGGCGCUGAGGAACAUGAUCAACUCGUCAUGUGACCAGCCGAUCGGUUAUCCCAUCUACGUCUCGCCCCUCACCACCUCCUACUGCAACACACACACACAGCUCACACACACACUGGGCGGAGCCAUCAGCAUCGCCAGCAUCCGACACUUCAUCAUCAACACCUGGCACAGGUUGCGUAAAGGCUGCGGAGCGGGUUGUAACAGCGGAGGCAACGUGGAGGAGUAUGACAUCGGGAAUUCUGGGAACGCAAACGACACACACCACAGAGUGACCAGCAUUCAACACACACACACGCCUCACUCACUGGGAACCAGUCAGAGUUCUCAGUCUGUGCGUUCCUCUCUGGUGCGUCACUCUCCAACUCGUUCGUCCGUGGCGAGUCAGUCGUCAUCGCUCCGUUACAACAGCAACGCAGAGCCGACUAUGUGCAAGCGACACACACUCACACACACACACACCCUCGCCGGCCUGCUCGACCAUCAUCAUCAUCACCAACAGCCCAGGAGAGAGGAUAUCUCCUACAGAGUACAGAUAGUGGAUGUGAAUCAGGUGUUGGAUGUGAUUAAUCUGUCGAAGCGUAAGGAGCUGCUGUGGCCUGACGAGUCGAUGAGGUUGAGGGCGGGGCCGAGCUGCUGGAGAGACUGGGGCCCCCUGGAGGGCAUGGAGGGACAUGUGAUUCACCGGUGGAUGCCUUGCAGUCGUGACCCUCUCUCUCGCUCCCCCAUCGAUAAAUCCAUCCUGCUGGUUCAGGUGGAUGACAAACUGGUUCCCAUUAUAGAGACCGGAGUGAUGGAACUGGGAGCAGAAGUGUAAACACACACACACACACGCACACACACACACACAACAGGCUGAUGGCAAAGACACACAGAAAGCCAGGGACAGGUACGAUCUUAGAUAGUAACACACACACACACACACAGGUGUCAAACACACAGAUUCGCACCUCGUCCACACGUUAAAGGAUAUUUUGGAAAAGCGUAAUCUUCUCUCUGGGUUUUUUGUCGUGUUUUAUGUCGCAGAUGAACACUGUGCAGGAGAGAUUUCACACGUUCAGUAGCAGACUGAAACACAAGUGACGGAAAAAACGCAGGAAUACUGACGCUGAAUCUGAUCAUAGUGGCCUUUUAACAUCUUCCUCAUCUUCUCUCAUCGUCUGUUAGAGAGACGUGUAAGACUGCGGUACGAUAAAGUGGAGCUUCUGGUCUAGACGUUACUCCCUGUACGUCACAGAAACAUCCCCUGGUACUGACCUUCCUACCUUUUCACCAUGGCAGGAAAAUUUUUUCUUUACUUUUCUAAACACAGCUCACUGUUUCGGCCACGGACACCAUCCUGGCUCACAUCUCAUCCUGUCUGUGAAUCUGGAGAACUCGGAGCGUGUCGGAUUUAUCCAGAGCAGCUAGCGUGUGUGUGUGUGUGUGUGUUCGCGUGUGUGUGUUCUUAUGGAUCUAGUUCACCAAGAGUCUCUCUUCCUAUAGAUCUAGAGCAGCUCUAGUGGUGGUUUGUUCUUACGGAUGUAUUCUGCAUUCGGCUUGAGGUCAUAGUAAGAAUUUCCAACGCUCCCUCAACUCGGAAUUUCUGCUCUCCUCAACCCCGAGUUCAGCAAGUGACAUCAAAUCAACAUGGCCGCUCAGAGCCUCAGCAGUAAACACAGCAGCACUUCUUACCUUUAUAUGAGUUAUACUGUAUAUACACGCAUCAGCUUUAGAUCAGAUAUGACUCAUCGCAGUUACCAAAAACAAACAAAACACAAACAGCGAGGCGUCCGUGGUUUUUUCCCCCGACUCUGUAGCUCCAAAGUACGGACGUUGGAAAUGCCGUAAUUCCGAGCUCGGAUUUCUCGAGGUAAGAGGAAGCAGCGCUAGUGCAGAAUGUGUGUUUUUGUGGUGUAGAGCACUCAGAGUUUGAGUGUUUGUUCUUCUUUAUCUAGAGCAGCUCUGUAGACGCUGAUGGAGUUCGGGAUGUUUUUACGACAGGGAGAAAACGUUCAGAAGGUACGAGAAUAAAUCUAACUAUCGAACGUGGGUUCUGUGUCUUCGCUAAUAACAGCUUAGAUGACGAGUUUACAGUUUAAUUUAGCUUUUUUUAAUGUUUUUUUAAGAUUAAUGAGUGAAGGUCUUGAUGUUGAUGCACUAUCGCCACCUACAGGACAGUCUAAAGUACAUGUUAUCGUAUGGUGAUUAAAAAAACAACAACAGAGAGAAUUUUUUUUUAAAAAAAGAGUAUUUUCUGAAAUAUCAGUGUGCGUGUGGACGAGGCCUCGGUCCCGCCUGUCGCUCUGCGUCACUCAGACAUGCUGCAUGACGGAUCACACUGCGGUAAAGCUUCGAGUUCUUUUCUUUUUGUUUCUUUUCUCUGUUUUUUUUCUGAGCAGUGCCGAAGCUUAUAGCUGACACUUUCCUGUAAAUCAUUCUGUGUUUAUCAUGAUCAUAAUUCACUCUCAGUGCUCUGUAAGUCCUUUUAUAGACGUUCUUUUAUAUUCAUAAACCACACAGCACCACUAACAGGACAAACACUAAACUACGCUGCGCCUGUAGGGGGCGCUGAGGGGAGCCUUUUACAUGCGGAAGAGACAAAUGUCUGAUAUAUUAAUGCAACUUAUACAACGAUGCAGCGUAUAGACUAUAUUAUUAUUAUUAUUAUUAUUAUUCUGUUUUUUAAGGACAGGAUUUAGGCGAGCGCGUCUCAGACUCAGAGAUAAUUAUAUUUCUGAAAAUACUUUAAAAAUAUUGUGUGUAUCAGACAAGUGUUUAUUCAAGCCUAUAUUUUGGGGCUUUUUUUUUUUUUUGCAUAAAUAUAUAUAAUGUCACCACAUGUUUACAGAUCAUUAAGAACUUUUAUUACAGCAUUAUAGUGUUUACUAAGAUAUAAAGCAUUAUAAGCAGUUAUGUUGAUUUAUGAAUGUGCUUUAGAGAAAGUGUCAGUUUUUGUUUGAUUUCUAUGCAUUUCGUCAGGAUUUCGACUUUCUUACACACACACACACACACACACACACACAAUCAUGGACAUUUGUUUCCCUUGUUUACAAUGACGCUUUAAUUUUUUAAUUGAUUUUUUUAGUAUUCUGCCAAACGUGUUCUCCACACAGACGAUAAUAUAAAAAAGAUGUUAUAUUAGGAUCAUUUGUAUUAUAAACGAUGAUAUUUAAAUAGAUAAUUUGCUUCCUUCAAAUGAGUGUUUGGGGUUUAUUUUUUAGUUUUUUUUAAUAAUGAUUCAUUCGUCAUGAUUUAUUUUUUUUAAUGAAUGAAGAAACAAUUAGGGCGAGUUGCACUAUGGAUUUAUUUUGUACGAUGUGUUUUUGAUUUACAGCGAUGCACUACAGUCUUCACGUCGUUUCACGCUUUUAUUUAUUAAACACGAUUCGACUCAUCAUGCCUUUUGGGGAAAAUGCAAUCAUGUGGGUUUUUAUUUUUAUUUUCUGCUUUUCUCUUCAAAUGAUUUUUACUGAAUAUAUAAUUGUAUAUAAAAUUAUUAUUAUUACUAUUAUUAUUAUUAUUAUUAUACAUGAGUGUAAAGAAGGGAUUGCUCUGAAUAUUUAUUACUGUGCUUAGACAUUUUGUACCUUUUUCAUUUACGCUAUAUAAAAUUAAAGGUUAUUAAAUGUAUAAACUGCCCGUGGGUUAAAACGGAGCCGCGCUUCUGAUGGACUGUUUCCCUGUUUAACUGAAAAUCUUUUUAUAAGAUGGAAAAAAUAAAUAAAUGAAUUUGA